UUUUUCGAAUGAGACGUUUACAAUUAUGCAAAUCAGAAUUAAUAUCCGGAUAAAGGUGGAGGGAAAGGUAGCGAAGGGAUUCGGAGCCUGCCACCUUUCAUCUUCCAUUCACUUUUAUUUAUUUCCACCUUUCCACCACCCAACAACAUUAGUCUUCUCCAUUCUACCAUUUUCGUGGCCUUGCGCAAAUUCAUCGUCAUGACCGAAAAGGGUAUUGAUAAGUCAGUGGGUAAUGGUACAAAAGGUGGAAGGUCAAUGAAUCAUGAUGGAGAGUUGAACGAUCAAGCUCAGGAUAGAGAAAGACCAGUUGAUGAGGAACUUCAGGCUGAUUUUGACAGAAGAAAUGAUAGGGAGGUUGGAAGCGUGUCUCAUGAAGAUCGAGCUACUGAAUCACAUCAGGAGUUUGAAGGAGAGAAGAGUGUCAAUCACUGCUCAUCCACAGAUCAUGAUCCUAUGCCGGACCCGCUCUCCACCCUUCAGGCCCUUCAGGAAGCACUUGAGAGAGAACUUUGGAGAUUCAGAAAAAUUAAAAAAGAAGAUUCUAUGAUUGACCAACCACUUCAGGAUGUUGGCAUAUCAUCAGAGUUCACUUCAGGUGGCGGAGAUUUCCCAGGACCUAGCACAUCUGAGCAGUCACAAUCCAGGGAUGGCAUGCGACAUUCUUUUGACUCCUUGGACUCUGAAGUGGUUAGCUUAAAGCAGUAUGCAAUACCAUUGCAAAACAACCUAUGUGAGGCAGCUGAGCUGGUUCAGAUAAGUAGAGACAAUGAAAGUGAGCUUGAGGGUCUCCACAGACAGAAAAUUGAAGCUGAAGUUGAGUAUUUGACUGUAUCAAGAGCGGUAAAAAAGUUGAGAGUUGCAGCAGUUGAUCAAGUUAACCUCUUGGAAGAACAAAAGAAAUUGGCUUCAGAACAAGCGCAGAUUGUAAAAAAGCUUGGAGAUGCAGAAUUGAAGGCUACUAUGCUUAAAACACAGGUUAAGGAGUUGGAAAAUUGCUGUGAAGAUAUCAUGAGCAUUGAUGUAAUGCUAAAGCUGCAGAAGAGAAUCUGUAAGUACAGCACCUGUUUUUUAUUACAGUUGGCAUUGCUGGCUGUUCUUGGGCUGUUUCUCUUGCAGAUACCAUACGAUUUUACCGGAGUUGUACCCACGUAAUUUUUUGAGAAGUGAGCUUUUGCUUCCAUUUUUGUGUACUGUUAGUUGUAACCAUCCUUGAACAAUCUAGAUUCUGCCAACCCCUAAAUGGAAUGCUUACUCUGCCCCAGCCA